CGAGAAAAUUGCCGAGAUCCUCUGGUAGUCAGUACACUGUGGACGAUCGGACGCGCUGGAUCGGUAGCUGUGGUAGCCGUCAAACUGCUGCGCCCUGGUGUGGUGGUCCCGACCCUGAUUCCAGUGUUCAAUUUCGCUCGAAUUUUCUCACCACGGAAAAUACGGAGUAGAUAAGCAAGAAUCGAAACGACUACUAAAACCAAAUAAUACAUUGUGAUAUAUUGACCGAUCGUGUCUGUUAUGCAAAGCAAGCGUGAGAUAGAAAGUGUUUAGUGUGUUUGUAUGUGUGUGUCCGGAAGUGUGAACAACGGCAAAACAGUGUAAUUUUUUGUAGCAAAUUCAAGUGUUUGAAAAAAAAAGAAUAAGAUCUGCUUCGUUCGCACUGCAGCGUGUAAAGUGAAAAUAAGGCUUGACCCCACAACAAGUGCGCAUCCCAGCCGCGAAGUGGUCCCCGCACGGUGCUGAUCAGUACGAUCCCGCGUGCCAUCUACAAGCCAAGCUGGCUAAUACUCGCUGCUAGUCGUCCCUCUGCUACAUCGGCCCUGCCUCGUAGGGCUGUGCGGUCAGGGCCACCAUCACAAUGGGGACCCGAAUAAAAUGGUUAGUCACUACCUCGCUGGUAGUUUGGUUCGGACAACAGACGUACGCGCAAUUCUGGGCGUCCAGCAACAACAAUGACAACUCCGGCGUCGGACUGUUUAAGCGACAGGAGCAGGAAUAUCCACGACAGCUAGCGCCACAGAUCGACCCGAGCUACAGCAUAAUGGACACGGCCAGCGGACCACAGGGACCACCGGGCAAGAACUGCACCUCCGGCGGCUGCUGCUUGCCGAAAUGUUUCGCCGAAAAGGGCAACCGCGGCCUGCCCGGACCGAUGGGGCUGAAGGGUGCGAAGGGUGUGCGCGGGUUCCCCGGGUCGGAGGGUUUGCCGGGCGAGAAGGGCACCAAGGGCGAACCGGGCCCGGUCGGGCUGCAGGGCCCGAAGGGCGACCGGGGCCGGGACGGUUUGCCCGGCUACCCGGGCAUCCCCGGCACGAACGGUGUGCCGGGUGUGCCGGGAGCACCAGGGCUGGCCGGUCGGGACGGUUGCAACGGCACGGACGGUCUGCCCGGUUUGUCCGGGCUGCCGGGAAAUCCGGGCCCCCGCGGUUACGCCGGCAUCCCCGGCACGAAGGGCGAGAAGGGCGAACCGGCGCGGCAUCCGGAGAACUACAACAAGGGCCAGAAGGGCGAACCGGGCAACGAUGGACUGGAAGGACUGCCGGGGCCGCAGGGCGAGGUAGGACCGCGCGGUUUCCCCGGCCGACCCGGCGAAAAGGGUGUCCCCGGUACGCCCGGUGUGCGGGGCGAGCGGGGCGACAAAGGCGUGUGCAUCAAGGGCGAGAAGGGCCAGAAGGGCGCGAAGGGCGAGGAGGUGUACGGCGCCACGGGCACGACGACGACGACCGGACCGAAGGGCGAGAAGGGCGACCGCGGCGAGCCGGGCGAACCGGGCCGAUCCGGCGAGAAGGGACAGGCCGGCGACCGGGGGCAGGUGGGCGAGCGAGGCCACAAGGGCGAGAAGGGUUUGCCUGGACAGCCGGGCCCGCGAGGGCGCGACGGUAACUUUGGACCGGUGGGCCUGCCCGGCCAGAAGGGUGACCGCGGCUCGGAAGGACUGCACGGACUGAAGGGCCAGAGCGGACCGAAGGGUGAGCCGGGCCGGGACGGCAUUCCGGGCCAGCCCGGUAUUGCUGGGCCGGCCGGUGCGCCCGGCGGCGGCGAAGGACGACCCGGCGCGCCCGGUCCGAAGGGACCGCGCGGCUACGAAGGACCGCAGGGCCCGAAGGGCAUGGACGGAUUCGACGGAGAAAAGGGCGAGCGGGGACAGAUGGGCCCGAAGGGCGGCCAGGGUGUGCCUGGCCGGCCCGGUCCCGAAGGUAUGCCGGGCGACAAGGGCGACAAAGGCGAGUCGGGAUCGGUCGGUAUGCCGGGACCGCAGGGCCCGCGCGGCUACCCUGGCCAGCCCGGACCCGAGGGUCUGCGCGGUGAGCCGGGACAGCCGGGCUAUGGCAUUCCCGGACAGAAGGGUAACGCCGGUAUGGCUGGAUUCCCCGGACUGAAGGGACAGAAAGGCGAGCGUGGCUUCAAGGGUGUGAUGGGUACGCCCGGUGACGCAAAGGAAGGACGCCCGGGAGCGCCAGGACUACCAGGACGUGAUGGCGAAAAGGGCGAACCCGGCCGUCCGGGACUCCCCGGAGCGAAGGGUGAGCGCGGUCUUAAGGGAGAGCUUGGUGGACGCUGUACGGACUGCCGGCCCGGACUGAAGGGUGACAAAGGCGAACGCGGUUAUGCCGGCGAACCAGGCCGCCCGGGAGCGAGCGGUGUGCCGGGCGAACGAGGAUACCCCGGCAUGCCGGGCGAGGAUGGAACACCAGGACUGCGCGGUGAGCCAGGCCCCAAGGGAGAGCCGGGUCUGCUCGGUCCCCCGGGCCCAUCGGGAGAGCCGGGUCGCGAUGCGGAAAUACCAAUGGAUCAGCUGAAACCCAUCAAGGGCGACAAGGGCGAAGCGGGCGAAAAGGGCCUGAUGGGCGUCAAGGGCGAGAAAGGAUUCCCCGGACCGGUCGGACCGGAGGGCAAGAUGGGACUGCGUGGCAUGAAGGGCGACAAGGGACGACCGGGCGAGGCGGGCAUUGACGGAGCGCCCGGCGCGCCGGGCAAGGACGGUCUGCCCGGCCGGCACGGACAAACGGUCAAGGGUGAACCGGGGCUGAAGGGUAACGUGGGCUACUCGGGCGACAAGGGCGACAAGGGCUACUCCGGGCUGAAGGGUGAGCCGGGCCGGUGCGCCAGCAUUCCGCCGAACCUCGAGGAAGCGAUCCGUGGACCGCCAGGCACGCAAGGCGAGAAGGGCGCCCCCGGCAUUCAGGGAAUUCGCGGCGACAAGGGCGAAAUGGGCGAACAGGGACGGACGGGCAUGCAGGGUAAUGCUGGGCCGCCGGGAGCACCCGGGCCAGUAGGACCGCGCGGACUGACGGGACUGCGGGGCGAAAAGGGUAAUACGGGACCGCUGGGACCGCCGGGUGCGCCUGGCCGUGACGGUAUGCCCGGAGCACCGGGACUGCCCGGCUCGAAGGGUGGCAAGGGUGAUCCGGGUCUGUCGAUGGUGGGUCCGCCCGGCCCGAAGGGUAACCCGGGCCUGCGAGGACCGAAGGGCGAUCGAGGCGGCAUGGGCGAUCGGGGCGAUCCGGGACAACCCGGCUCCGUGGGCUAUCCGGGCGAAAAGGGCGAUUUGGGCAUUCCGGGACAGCCUGGCUUCCCGGGCGAAGUGGGACCGAAGGGUGAGCCGGGGCCGAAGGGACCAGCGGGACACCCGGGCGCACCGGGCCGGCCCGGUAUGGACGGUGUGAAGGGUUUGGCCGGUCUGAAGGGAGACGUUGGCGCACCGGGCGUGAUCGGCCUGCCCGGCCAGAAGGGCGAAAUGGGCCAGGCGGGUAACGAUGGGCUGAAGGGCUUCCAGGGCCGCAAGGGUAUGAUGGGAGCGCCGGGCAUUCAGGGCGUACGGGGUCCGCAGGGCGCGAAGGGCGAACCGGGCGAAAAGGGCGAUCGGGGCGAAAUCGGUAUGAAGGGACUGAUGGGACAGACGGGCCCGCCCGGUAUGCUCGGACCGAAGGGAGACAAGGGUCUGGCCGGGCUGCCGGGACCGGCCUGUCUGCCCGGACUGUCGGGCGAAAAGGGCGACAAGGGAUACACCGGACCGGAGGGACCGCCGGGCGAACCGGGUGCCGCGUCGGAGAAGGGCCAGAAGGGUGAGCCGGGCGUACCGGGACUGCGCGGUAACGACGGACUGCCCGGGCUGGAGGGACCGUCCGGACCGAAGGGUGAUGCGGGCGUGCCCGGCUACGGUCGACCUGGGCCGCAGGGCGAAAAGGGUGACGUUGGCCUGACGGGCAUCAAUGGGCUGCCGGGCUUGAACGGGGUGAAGGGCGACAUGGGCGUCCCUGGAUUCCCGGGCGUGAAGGGCGACAAGGGUACGACCGGAUUGCCGGGUGUGCCUGGUGCACCGUGCAUGGACGGACUGCCCGGAGCGGAAGGUCCCGCUGGUCCGCGCGGGUACGACGGCGAGAAGGGCUUCAAGGGCGAACCGGGCCGCAUCGGCGAGCGGGGCGAACUGGGCGAAAAGGGUGACCAGGGACUAAUGGGACCGGUGGGGCUGAUGGGACGCAAGGGCGACCGUGGUGUGCCGGGUUCGCCCGGUCUGCCAGCUACGGCGGCCGCCAUCAAGGGCGACAAGGGUGAACCGGGUUUCCCGGGUGCGAUCGGACGCCCGGGCAAGGUCGGUGCGCCGGGCCUGCCGGGCGACAUGGGCACCAAGGGCGAGAUGGGCAUCCAGGGGCUGCCCGGACUGCCCGGACCGGCCGGACUGAACGGGCUGCCGGGCAUGAAGGGCGACAUGGGACCGAUGGGCGAAAAGGGCGACUCCUGCCCGGUGGUGAAGGGCGAAAAGGGUCUGCCGGGCCGGCCGGGGAAGAUGGGUCGCGAUGGGCCGCCCGGCUUGCUGGGCGAAAAGGGCGACAAAGGACUGUCUGGCCUGCCCGGACCGAUGGGACCGCCCGGACCGCCCGGCCCGCUUGGCCGGCAGGGCGAAAAGGGUGACCGAGGCGAUUCCGGUUUAAUGGGCCGCCCCGGCAAGGACGGACUGCCCGGACCGCAGGGCCAGCGAGGGCUGCCGGGACCGCAGGGCGAAAAGGGCGACCAGGGGCCGCCAGGAUUUAUCGGCCCGAAGGGCGAGCGGGGUGAACGGGGCCGGGACGGAAUGAACGGGCUGAACGGGCCGCAGGGACUGAAGGGUGACCGGGGCAUGCCGGGACUGGAAGGCGUGGCCGGUCUGCCCGGUAUGGUGGGCGAGAAGGGUGACCGUGGUCUGCCCGGUAUGGCCGGCCUGAACGGUGCGCCGGGCGAGAAGGGCCAGAAGGGUGAGACGCCACAGCUGCCCCCGCAGCGCAAGGGACCGCCCGGACCGCCCGGAUUCAACGGACCGAAGGGUGACAAGGGCAUGCCAGGGUUGGCCGGACCAGCCGGCAUUCCGGGCGCUCCCGGUGCGCCGGGCGAGAUGGGACUGCGCGGAUUCGAGGGCGCGCGCGGCCUGCAGGGACUGCGCGGUGACGUUGGACCCGAGGGACGGCCCGGACGCGACGGUGCGCCGGGUCUGCCCGGGCCGAAGGGUGAGCCGGGCCGGGACUGCGAGUCGGCACCGUACUACACCGGCAUCCUGCUGGUGCGGCACAGCCAGUCGGACGAGGUGCCGAUGUGCGAGCCGGGCCAUCUGAAGCUGUGGGACGGCUACUCACUGCUGUACGUCGACGGCAAUGACUAUCCGCACAACCAGGACCUCGGUUCGGCCGGUUCCUGCGUGCGCAAGUUCUCCACGCUGCCCGUGUUGGCCUGCGGACAGAACAACAUCUGCAACUACGCGUCCCGCAACGAUCGGACAUUCUGGCUGUCGACGUCCGCGCCGAUUCCGAUGAUGCCGGUGACGGAGAACGAGAUGCGCCCAUACAUCUCUCGGUGCACGGUCUGUGAGGCACCGACCAACGUGAUCGCGGUGCACAGCCAGACGCUCCAUAUUCCGGAAUGUCCGAACGGAUGGGACGGCCUAUGGAUUGGCUACAGUUUCCUAAUGCACACUGCCGUCGGCCACGGUGGCGGUGGCCAGUCACUGUCCGGGCCGGGCUCGUGCCUGGAGGACUUCCGCGCCACACCGUUCAUUGAGUGUAACGGUGGCAAGGGCCACUGCCAUUACUACGAAACGCAAACCUCCUUCUGGCUGGUUUCGCUCGAGGACCACCAGCAGUUCCAGCGGCCGGAGCAGCAAACGCUCAAGGCCGGCAACCUGCUUAGCCGAGUAUCUCGGUGCCAGGUGUGCAUCCGCCGCUGAGCUGCCGAGUAGGAUUAGGAUUUGGUCGUCUCUUUUUGUACCUCCCCUUUUCCUCUCUCCUUCAAAAUCUUUUUUCCCCCUUUUCCCUUGGGACCACGGGACGGGCGUUGCGGUGCCACUCAGCUUCGGGUGUUCACAGUGCUUACGAAUUCAAAUUUCCGUUUACCGACGCUUGACGUUGCCCACACCAUUGCCUUCCACACAUGCCUGGGGCCUUACUCAACAACAGAACAAGAUUUCACACACACACAGUAACACUAUCCGGGAGCGGGUCGAAAUGAACGAAACGAUGGGAAGCUCGCGGAUUAAAUUAUUUGCAACGAAGAAAAGCAAACGCUUGUUCAAGAACUACCAAAAACACAAACGAACACCCGCGCAUGCAUUUAGCAGAUACUGUAGGACGCAAAACAACCAAAUAUCAAAGUAACCAGAGGUAACAGAGGGUCAAUUCCAACAAGAGAGCGAUAAACAUGAGAACACAUUUACAGAAAGUGUACAAGUGUCCGUUAAAACGUUAAUUAUGAAUUGCCAUACUUCCUUCGCUAAAGUUAGCAAUGUUUCCGUACCGUCAGAAAGGGUUUUAGCCUGUCUAUAUGUGUUUGUAGUAUACAGUGUUUUCCAUAAUCUUCCCAUUUUCCAAUAGCUCUUUAACUCACCCCUGUGUAUUUGUGUUUUUACGGUCUAGGAAUGUUCCAAUAAUGUGAUUCCGUAGAUAGCCAAAAGAAAGUAACACCAAAACUGCCACCGCUAAGCAAACUUCCAUGGAAGCAUUUUCCUUUCUCCUACCACCCUCCUUCCCCCCUUCCUACACUCAAACACUGUCUAGGGUAGUGAUGAGGCGCGUUCAAAUACAUAAGUUCCAGUGUGCCAUGCAAUUAGGAGAAGAAUUAGGAGAAAACAAACAAACGCCCGCUUUACCAUGGGAAGCCUGGCAGUUGGAAAAGGUCUUUCCAAACGAAAAAGAACAAACUACUAACCCGAACCAUGAUAUCCAUGACAUGUUCUGUUUUUCCUCCAGCCUUCCCUAUCCAAUUACUUUUGUAACCGAAGCGAAUAAACAAAAUUAUCAUUUCAAAUUGACACCCAACACAGUCACUGAUGAUGCUUCUGCCCGCAUGAUUCAGCCACUGCCAUCGUUCUGUGUGCUUUCAGCAGUGAAACACGGUAGACAAA